AUGGGCCAAGUCAACGAGACAGCAGUGACGGAGUUUAUUUUCCUUGGCUUCUCCUCUCUGGCUGGGCUGCAGCGGCUGCUCUUCUUGGUUUUCCUGCUCCUCUACCUGUUCACACUGAGCACCAAUGCCAUCAUCAUUUCCACCAUCGUGCUGGACAGAGCCCUCCACACUCCCAUGUACUUCUUCCUAGCCAUUCUCUCCUGCUCUGAGACUUGCUACACCUUUGUCAUUGUGCCCAAGAUGCUGGUUGACCUGCUGGCCCAGAAGAAGACCAUCUCAUUUUUGGGCUGUGCUGUCCAGAUGUUCACCUUCCUCUUCCUCGGCUGCUCCCACUCAUUCCUACUUGCAGUCAUGGGCUAUGACCGCUAUGUGGCCAUCUGCAACCCUCUACGCUACACUGUGAUCAUGGGGCCUGGGGUUUGUGGGGGGCUGGUGGCCUCUGCCUGUGCUUGUGGCUUCACAGUUGCACAGGUGAUCACUUCCUUGGUAUUUCGCCUGCCCUUCCAUUCCUCUAAUGAACUCCAUCACUUCUUCUGUGACAUCUCUCCUGUGCUCAAACUGGCCUCUCACCAUACCCACCUCAGUCAAAUAGUCAUAUUCUUGCUUUGUGCAUUGGUCCUGGUUAUCCCCCUCUUAUUGAUAUUGGUUUCCUAUAUUCACAUCAUCUCUGCCGUACUGCAGUUUUCUUCCACGGGUGGCAGGUACAAAGCUUUCUCCACCUGUGCAUCUCACCUCAUUGUUGUUACCGUCCAUUACGGCUGUGCUUCCUUUAUCUACCUGAGGCCCAAGUCUGGCUACUCCUCAAGUCAGGAUGCUCUCAUAUCAGUAUCCUACACUAUCCUCACUCCAUUGUUUAAUCCAAUGAUUUAUACCUUAAGGAAUAAAGAAUUUAAAUCAGCUCUACAUAGGGUUGUGGGGAGAAAAUUUUUCCUCCCACAACACUGA